AUGUGUACUGGAUUAUAUUUUGUUGAGGUGACAAUACCUAUUUCAGUAGCCAUGUCAAGACUAAUACAGCAGUUGGGAGUCUACUGGCGACAGGUGCCUGCUCCCCGAAUAUAUCUAGCUGUGAACUCUCUUUUAAAAACAGCUCACACUGAUCAUACAGCUGUUCAAAGACGGGCUAUUGAGUUAUGUUUUGCUCUAAUCAAUGACAGCAACGUGAAGAGUCUUACUAAGGCACGAGCGUACAUAGAAGAAGACCUUGUUCCUGGUCUCAUUCAGGGUUUUACUGGCAUGACAGAACUGCAUACAAACAUUGUGCAGCAGCUGUAUGUUGCUUUCAUUGGUGACAUUAGCCAGUAUAUUGAUGAGUAUGGUGAUCUGUUAUUGCUUGGAUCGACUCAGGGAGAAGAAGUUAUUGAGGGGAGUUCCAAGGAGCUGGAGGUGAGUGAGUCUGAUGUGCUCAAUGUAUUGCAAGCUGUAUUGGAGAGUCCUCAUUUGUUGCCAACUUUCUUUAAUUUUGCCAUGACAAGCGCCAUGAAGCUCAGAACCAGAUUCACACUGACAGUAGAACGUUUUCAGGGUUUAGCUGCUCAAUAUGGAACAAAUUUGGAUGUCGAACUGCAACAACGAUCAGUUGAAUACUCACAGCUCUUUAGUGCGUUUAAUCAUAUGAGAUCAGCUUUGUUAGAAAGGAUGCCAUUGCCAGGUGUUAAGGCGUCAGCUAGUGUGAAUGACACAAACGGAGCAGGAGAGUCUCUACCUACAGAAGAUAAUAUUUCAACUGCAGCAGCUUUACCUGGUUUAGAAGCAGCACCACUGCCUGUUAAACCUGCAGCUCAAGAAGUUAGUCUUCUAGAUUUGUUGGGAGAGUCUGAAGCUGUUGCUGAACAGGCAGUGUCCAGUCAAGCUGGCAAUGAGCUUCUGGACAUCUUGGGAGGGCUGUCUGUAUCAGCACCAGUUCAGCCUGUGCAGUCUAAUGCUCCAUCUUCUGGCUCAGGCUUAAUGAAUUUAUUGGGCGGCGGAACCCCACCUACAACUGAUACAGGUUCCAUACCUUCAAUGACUGUGUUCAACAAGAAUGGAUUGACAGUUGAAUUUUCGUUCUCAGAAAUUGCCAACAUUCCCAGCAACAUAGUCGACAUCUCGAUGUUUGCUCGUAACUCCCAACCUGUCGCAAUGACAACCUUUCUAUUUCAAGUAGCAGUACCAAAGGCAUUCCAGUUAAACAUGCAAUCACCAUCUGGGAAUGUAAUUCCGCCUUCUAAUUCCAGCAGUCUGACGCAAAUCAUUCAGGUUUCGAAUCGUCAACGGCAACAGUUGAGGAUAAGAAUGUGGAUUUCAUACAGUGUUAAUGGAUCCCCUCUUACGGAAAAAGGUGAGAUUGGCGAAUUUCCACCAGCAGUUUCUCAGUAA